AAGGUUGAAAACAGUAAAAUGUCAUUAUAAUUAAAUUAUUAGUUGUUGUUGCAAAAGUUGAGCCCUUUUGCCUGAGAACCAGAAGACCCUUGUUUAUAAAAAAAUGUUUAUGUUGUUUGUGCAUAAAAAUGUAGUGUAAUUUAACUGAGUGUGCAAUAGUUUGAGAAUUUAAGAGUUACAGGAAUCUUGUUCACUAUGGGUCACAUAUAGGUACUUAAAGAGUGAUUCCAGGAAUUUGGGUAACUUGGAGGGCUUGUAAUAAUUUAUUCUUGCAAUUCGUCCAGUCCAUUGAAGCUAAAUGGGAUCAGUCGCGAACUGUGUAUUUAUAAUGUAACUGUGUUCGAUAUUUGAGAAAUUUAGAAAUCUGCGUGUAACAUCUAGAUUAAUUUGUAAUGAUCCGCAACACGACCUAUGCUUGGCCACACGAUGAGGUAUCACCGGUAACCUUAAAUGACCAUUGGUCCAGACUAACCCGACUGAUACUUCUGGCUUCUAUGUCGGCCGUUGGUAGUGUCGGUAAUGUGUUUAUGAUGAGUGCUGUGAUGAUCGAAGACUAUCUUAGGAAAAGAGGAAACACUUUUAUAGUAAACAUUGGAUUAGCAGAUCUCUUAGUGACUGGCCUAGUGAUCCCGGCGUCAGCAGUGGUGAUACUUGCAGGUUUUAAAGAUGAUUUAGCGGUUUGCAAGUUUCAAUGGUUCCUGGCUGCUUGGUGUUUCUUGGUGACUGUAUUGUCACAUGCUGCUGUAGCAUGGGAAAACUAUUUUCGGCUGUGUUAUUCUAUUGACGUGUAUCAAAGACUUACCAAAGAGAAAAUUACCAUAUUACUGUUAGCAAUUUGGGCCACGUGCGGAUGUAUUUCUGGAAUGCAAUUCUAUAGGGAAUUGUCCUUCGAUUACUGUACGAGAAUGGAUUUGGGGCUGAUUCCUUAUCAAGCUACGGUUUGUGUGAUAUUCGUCUUCUUUCCCCUAUCGGUUGCCCUAUUCUGCUACAUUAGGACGGGGUAUCAAGUAAGAAAGUUCAAAUCCAGACCAAACUUCAAAGCACCAAUCACAUUUAGCUGGGACUGCGCUCUCACCCAAUCCAACAUGUACAGUUUUGUCACAUUUCUUCUCUUUUGGGUUCCAUUUGGAGUCAUCCUGGCAAUUGACAAUGUUAAUAAAGUAUCAGGAAAAGUAUUUUACAAUUUAGCAUGGCUGGCCAUAAGUAAAUCCUGCAUUAACAGUAUUUUAUAUGGCAUUCUCAAUAGGCAUUUUCGCGGAGCCUACGUGAAUUUAUUUCAGUAUUGCUGUUGUAAAACCACAGUAACCUUCUCAAGAAGAACUAGACAGGAGGGCAUAAGACCUUCUGGAGACGUAAGAGUGCAUAUUAUACCUGGUUAUAAUAUGUAUUGCAGUCCACAGAGGGCCAACGAGGGUGGUAGGACCAAAAGGUUCACAGAUAGAAGUAGUUCUCGUGCAAACGGUAGGGAAGUUUACGAAUUAUGAUGAGGCGAUAUGGAAUCAGUGGUACGCUCUACCACUGCAUACGGGAGCAUUGUCGCUCAGCAGGGUGUUUGGAUUUAAUCCAGAACUGACGGAGUUAUGAUUUUUUUAAAUUAAUAAAUGUCUGGCUUGACGUCAAGUUUUCUAAUUGGAGGACAACAAUGAAAAUAACGAUGUUCGGCCAGUACGUAGAAGAAACGUACAAUAAAUUACAAAUUAUAUUCAAAUUUACAGUGUUCUGAAUUAAAAAAAAAAUUUAUUGUUAUCCUGGUGAUUUAUAUAUGAAUAUCGAAAUUGUCGUCCAUCAAAAACUGACGGCUCAUUUUAUUAUUAUACUCAAUCAUUUUAUUGCAAAA